CUCCUUCAAAACCCUAAUCCAAUAAAAGCUAACUUUUCUUUCUCCCUUACCCUCUCUGCCUCAGCUGCUGCUUCUGCAUUUCCGCCUCAUUGCCCUCUGGUUAGGUAUCUUCCAUUCCUAGGCUAAGCCUAUCAAAACCAACCAUGGCGGACAAGGCAGUCACCAUCCGUACCAGGAAGUUCAUGACCAACAGGCUUCUCUCUCGCAAGCAAUUCGUCAUUGAUGUUCUUCAUCCAGGCAGGCCAAAUGUUUCCAAGGCUGAGCUGAAGGAGAAGCUAGCUAGACUCUAUGAGGUUAAGGACCCGAAUUCAAUCUUUGUUUUCAAGUUCCGGACUCACUUUGGUGGUGGUAAAUCUACUGGAUUUGGAUUGAUUUAUGAUUCUGUCGAAAAUGCAAAGAAGUACGAGCCCAAGUACAGGUUGAUCAGGAAUGGACUUGAUACUAAGAUAGAGAAGUCGAGAAAGCAGUUGAAGGAAAGGAAGAACAGAGCCAAGAAGAUCAGAGGAGUAAAGAAGACCAAGGCUUCAGAUGCUGCCAAGGCUGGAAAGAAGAAAUGAGUCUCAGUAGUAUUGGUGCUGAUUUUUAUAGCCCAUAGCAGCAAUGGGCUUUCCUUAAAUAUGUUUUGCCUUUAGGUGCGUUUGAAAUGAAGCUUCUUUUAGUGUCAUUGUGGGUUUUAGAGAGCCAGCGGCUGUUUAGGUUUUUUUUUUCUUUUUGUUCUUGCAAAAUUUCAGUAUUCUGAAAUGGACAAAUUUAGAAUAUUGAGUAGCAACAGAUUUCAGAUUAUUUAUUGACUUCCGUCAUUUA